GGUUAGCUGUUGCACAGACAAACAGAACAGUGCAAAGAGACUGAUUCAACUAACCACUGACAGAUUAUUCAUGUCCUAUUUCAUUAGCAAGAGAACACGCUGCUUACUUGAGAGACUUAUUGUUAGCUAGGAGGAAGACAUGGAGGGUCAACGCUGACACAGAGGAGGGCUGAGUGUCAGUUGAAGGAUAGGGAGAUCCAGACAGACUACAUGAUGGAGCUGGGAGCCAGGUUGGUUCUGGUGAGACAGAUCCAGAGGGAGCAGGAGAAGGAGAUGAAGAGGAUUUGGUUUGAGACGAGGAAAAUGCCAAGCCUGAUUGAGGAGAAUGUGAGAGAUGUGACCAAACGUCCACUCACUGAGUUCAUGGCUCCCUGUAUUGACUCCCUCCCACCACUGGCUUUCACCAAUCGGAGGCCAAUACCAACCAUGUUGCAUCCCCCCUCUCCAUUGGUCAUACGCACUCAGGAUGCACAGCGAUUCAUUGUAUUUUCCUACUUUGUCCCUGCUGAGUGCCCAGUUUCCACAGAGGCCACAGCAGAUGUAUCUGCUGGUAGAAGAGAGGACUUGUCGACAGAUACACAUCUUUCCUCAAUGCUGCAUCGAUACCUGCCACACUUCUUUAACAAUGACUCCAUUCCACCACAGCAGACAGUAGAGGGAACCACUGAGGACUCAGAUUCUCCAGUGGCAAUAUCUAAUAUCAAGGAAGAGGACAGAUUCUAUCCUUUCUCCCUCCCACCACUGGCUCAGCGGUUCAUUGGCAAUUCAUUCAAAGUCCCGGAAACCUCCCAGCCUGCUGUUUCAGCCACGGAGUGCCGAGUUGCCACAGUGGACACUGCAGAUACAGCCACUGUCAAGAGAGAGAACCGAUGGGCAGCUACAAUUCUUCCUUCAGUGCUGCCUCCAUGCCUGCCACCAGUCGUUGACGAUGACUUAAUGCCUCCAGAGCACACAGUAGAGGAAUCCUAUGUGGUCUCAUUUGCUACAGAGGCCACUUCAGGCACAGCUACUGUUGAUGGAAUGGACAGAUCAGCAGCUAAAUGCCCUGUCCCAAUGCUGCCUCCAAGUCUGCCACGUGUCUUUGACGACAAACUGCCAGGGGCGGCAGUAGAGGGAACCAACAAGUGUCCAGUUGCCAGUGAAACAACCAAUGAUGUGUCCACUCACCUCAAAGAGGACAUGGGAGCUGAUCAAAGCCCUCCUGACCCUGCAGCACUGCCUCCAAGCUCGCCAUGUAUCUGUGACUCUGACCACAAACUGACCAAGGAGGAAAAAGAGGAUGUACCCGAGUCCUCCCUUGCCACAGAGAUCGCUGUAGGCACAUCCAUUGUCCAGGGAGAGGACCUGGAUAAAAGCCCUGCUCCAAGGCUGCCUCCAAGCUUGUCACACGUUUUGGACAAUGACCAUAAGCAGCCAGAGGAGACGAUAGAGGAAGCCACUGAGUGCUCAGUCGCCGCAGAGGCAUCAGUUGCUAAUAGAGAGGAUCCAUCAGCAGCCACAGGUCUUCCCUUAGUGCUGCCUUCAAGCCUGCAACUUGUCUUUGACAAUGACUACAAACUACCAGAGGAGGCAGUAGAGGGCACCAGCAAGUGUCCAGUUGCCCGUGAAGCAGUCGCUUCCGUGUCCACUGUCCUCCAAGAGGAGUUUUUGGCUGAAAAAAGUCCUCCUGCACCCACAGCACUGUCUCUAAGGCUGCCCUGCACCCACAACAUUGACCACAAACAGCCAGAGGAGACCGUUGAGAACACCACAGAGUGCUCAGUUGACAUAGAGGAAAGUGCAGUUGCAUCCACUGUCAAGAGAGAGGAAAUGAUGGGUGAUAAAAGCCCUGUCCAUGCACUUCCUCCAAGCCUGGCAUGCAUCCAUGACAAGGACCACAAGCAGCCAGAUCAGAAAGGAAGGGGCACUACUGUGGAGGUGGAUAUCUGCCCUCACGCUCAACAGCUGGUCUCAGAUGCUAACUUAACUCUGGCAACCCGCAAUGAUGAGCUGCCCAACCCUCUGAUCUGCGUAGUCACUAAGAUGCCUGUUAGAGUUGGAGCAUCCAUAUGCAGGUCAGAGGAUGAGGAACCCAGGCCCUGGACCCUGGAAGAGGCAAAGGAUCAUUGGAUAGGCAUUGAAAUUGAGAGUGAAGAGAGGAGCGUCACUGAGGAGGUGAGCCCGAGGGAGGGAUUGAAGAGUGAGGCGGAUUGUGCCCAUUCCAAGUGCUCUAUUGGGAAGGUUUCAACAGAGAGAGCAGAAACCAUCCUGGGAAGAGUGGGCUUUCUGCUCAUGAACCAAAUGCAGAAAAUCCCAUUUUGA